AUGGUCCAGUGGAGCAGCCCUCUCAACAAGAAUGAUGAAACUCAGAUCCCAGAUCUGCUUGAGUUGAUCAAGGGUGUGAGAGAGAAAGGAUUAACAGGAGCCCGGGUGUACAUCAGCUUUCUCUGGAGAAGAAUCCAGCCUAUCAAGCAGCGGUGUACUCCAGGCUAUUUAUACCAGAGGGCCAAUGAACCAUCCCGCAACCUGCCAGAGGAAUUCCCCACUAGCAGGGCCUUGUUGUAUACGAAGAAGUAUUUAGGCGUAUCCACAAGCCCUGAGGCGGUAGCAGAGUACUUCAUAGGGAAUCCGCCACUAGAGGAUCGAACAAAUUUAUAUGUGAGUCCUGCUCCAUUAGAUCCGAAUGCGGUGGAGGACUAUGUCAGGCUCACCAGGAUCGCUGGAGAGGUACCCCACCUGUUUCGAAAUAAGCAAACAUCUGAUGAAUCUGAUGAAGAAAUUGAAGAUUAUUUUCCAUCUUCAUCGGAUGAUGAACAGAAGAAGUCCGGAGGCAAGGCGUCGAAGGAUAAAGAAGAAUCUUCAUCCACCCCGAAGCGUCCGGCCGAGGCAGGGAUUAUAGCCCCUGUGCCCAAGCGCGCCCGUACUGCUCAUCCGAGGAGAACAGCGCCUAAAGACAUAGUGCGGCCAUCCGCAGUCGAAGAACAAAGUAUCCAACAGGUCGACUCUGAGGAGAUGAUCGAUGAGGAUGUGCUUCCUUUGGCGAGUGCGCCGAGUGUGGAGAGAGAGGAGACCACCCAGGCGCCGGUGAAGAACUCCGCCCAAGAGCAGAGUGAAGCCGGACUAAAGCCGGGUUCAUCCAAACCUUCCACAACUCAUCAAGCGUCUGAAGCCGAAGAAAUGGUUAUGAAGGCGCCAAAGCUACCAAUUCGUCGUCCUCGACGAGUAUCCACCAAGGGAACUCCUACAACUCUGAAGCCAGCUGCAGAAAUCCAAAAGAACCCCAAUGAGGGAAGAUCUCAAGAAUCUGCUGCACCAGAAUCGAGGGAGGGUCCCCAGAUUAUGGGUGAUGAUGCAGGAGAGCCCCAGAGCUGCCCUAUGGAGCCUGAAGUCCAAGCUGAGUCCACUGUCGUAGAAGAAAAUGCAUUUCCAGUACCCGCAGCUCAACAAGAAGAAACACCUACACCAGCAGUGGCAUCAUCGAGCAUACCCACGAGGGAGAGUACUCCGAUUGAAGAGAUUGAAGAAAUACCCCGAGUACCAUCCUCAGUCCGAAGGGAAGAGCUGCCGAUGGCAGAAGGUGACUUCCGCAUCGACUACUAUAACCCCGACGACAGGGCAGAGCCACCAACGGAGUUCGACCUUGUAUACCAUGAGGCAGAGGCUGAAGACAAUAUACAAGAACUCCGCAAUCUGAUGAAGCGCGCCUCAGAGUAUACUGAAAAAGUUGCCAAUGAAUCUAUCCAAAAGACAGAAUUCAUCCGCAGGAUGACCAUCUACCACAUGAAGGCAGAACGGCUAGAGAAAGAGCUAGAGCGAGAGCGGGCGAAGUUCCAAGAAUAG